CUGUAUGUACCUUCUUUAAGACAAGCUGCUUUAUUCCGUACCGCAGCAAACAAUGUUUUGACCAAGCCAACAAUAUAGAAUACGCUCAAACUUCAGCGCAUGUCUGGUGUCUCUCUAGACGAUCCAAAUUUACCUCUGCCUUUACGCGCAAUAACCGAACGUCUAUGUGUUGCUCUUAGACUAUGGCAGACAUUUUUCGAAGAACUUCCGAAUAACCUCGUAUUUUAUCUGUGGAGUAGGGUUAUCGCAAUUGUUUUUUUGAUAGGGCUUGAGUAUCCUAGUGUCUUCACCAACGAAACGUCAAGAAAUGCUCCCGACAUCUAAUAUGCGCUGUUUACAUCUGUGUUCGUCAGCAAACCGACUAGUACUAUCCAACAGUUCGUGUACGGUCUUGUUGGUAUAGACAAGCAUCGAAUACAUCAGGCUAUACCGAUAUUUGUGUCGAUAGAACUCAGUCAAGUGGUCUGGAGUAACUGCGUUGAUGGAUUUUUAGAUACCCAAAGAAAUAAUUCAUCUCCUUCAACGGUCGUUCAGCCACCAUUAAGGAAUUAUUAUUUCCUGUUAUUGCUACAACGACAUAAUGGUUACAUGCUAUCAGCUGUUUAGUGGACCUUCGUCCGCGAGGAGGUUUUGCUCCGGUCUCAUCUUAAAACCCUUUAAACUCAGGAAAAAUAUCGAUAAAUGGCAGAACAUACAUAAAAGAAAACUACUUGAGCUUCUCAAAGAAAAAAAGGUAUCGGAAGCUGCCACGUAUUUCUACGAAGAAGUAAAAGUUCCUGACAGAAGUAUCUACAGUAUUUUGUUAGCAUCCAUUGGCAGAACUGGGCACACCGCUCUCGCAUUCAAAAUUUUCAGGGAUCUGCGCGCACGAGACAUUCGGCCAAAUUCUGCAAUUCUUACAAGCCUUUUUAAUGCCUGUGCAAACAACGACGAAAAUCGGUCGUUUGCUCUCUUAAAGGCCCGUAAUCUUUAUGAGCAGAUACAAAUACAGGGUUGGCGUCCCGCGGCAGUAACUUAUCACUCGAUGAUGAAGGCGUUCGCUAUACAAGGCGAUUGUGACGCCUGUUUUCGGCUCAUGGAUGAAAUGGUUGCCCGGGGGCACGCAAUAACGAUCGACACUUACAAUCACCUGUUAAUGGGCUGUAUAGCCAACAAGGAGAUAGGGUUUGUGCUGGCAGUUCGAGUGCUUCGUCACAUGCUGUGGAGGCGGAUUCGGCCAAACGCAACAACCUUCAAUCAUUUGCUAACAGCUGCUCAGCAGUGCGGCUGUGGCGACGACAUCAGUUUGUUAAAUAAGCUGCUCAAUGAUGCCCGGCAGAGUCAACUUAAAGAUCCGAUGGUAACGCUGAUUACAUCUGGAGAAAGUCUUCUAGACGUCAGACUGAAGGAUCAGCUAGUGGCGGUUGCCACUGUGCCAAAAACGUCUGAAGAACGCCUACUCUUAGUUGGUGGCCCCAAAGGCAUUCUCUCCAGUAUGAGUUACUUUCGCGUCGAACCCUCAGCGGUCACGUAUAGUCACCUAUUGAAAGCUUAUACGAAUGAAGAGGAACUAAUGCAGUUCGUCAGGUCGUUGGAUAGAACGGUGCUAGACGUGGGCUUUUGGAAUCAGCUUUUGAAAAAAUGCAUAGUUUCGAAGCUUUCAUGCGUUGAUGAGGUGAUAAAAAUGAUGAACGAAAGCAACAUGAAGAAGGAUAUCAUUACGUAUGGCAUUUUAGCGAUGAGGGCCCAGACUGACGAAGAGAUCAAGGCGUUCAUCAAAGAUAUAGAAAAAAAGCAAUACGCCAUUAAUGAAGUGAUCAUGUCGACGCUGGUGACUAAUGUCGCUAGGCAACACAAAGCAAGUACCCUUGCCUACCUGCUCAGCUACUGUGAACUGCGCGAUAUUCACUUAAACCAAAAAGCUCUACGGAAUAUAGCCAUCGCUAUGGACCGUGCUCACUAUCCUUCACAGGCCUAUACAAUAAACAAGUUUCUCAAGCAGGUAAAAACUACGCCAUCGAACGAGCUAACUCGAAGUCGGCUGAAGCAGUUUGAGCCGCUUGUCUGGAAAAAGGAUCGCUUGCGAUUCGACCCUGACUCUUCAGAGGCCGAACAGGUGGCGCGUGAAAAGGGUACCACACUCACGGAGAAAGAGCUUGAAGCACUCCACAAAGAUGAAUUCAUCGAAGCGCGAAAAGAUGAUAAACUUAGUUUAAUGGAUUCGAAGAAAAACGGAAUUUGCGGCGUCAAGUAGAAAAGGUUUUUAGGAAAGAAUUUGACGAAUAUAGCAAAAUAGAGCAUAAAAAAGAGGCGAUAGCAGUAAACAGCUAGGAAGGUGGCGUAGAGGCCAGUCACAUGAUGAAGUAACAUACAUUAUGUAAACCACAGAGAAAAUAAAUGUAAAUAUUUUAAACCACGUGUCAUCUCAUCUUACGAAAUUCGUAUACUUGCAACUUAAACGUAUUAAAGUUGAACUUGUUUAAUUUAGUCAAGAAUUCACUGGUUUGAGCAAAAUUUUGUAUGUUGACUGGUUCUAUGCAAACGUCUUAGAUUGCGAACAUAUGAUGCUGCAUUGUUCAAUCCUAAUAGAUUUUAGUUC